AUGUCCCGCUUCGCUUCGAUCCUCAAGACCUGGUACGAGCCCGCCGCCGUGCCCAUCUAUGCGGUCAUUGCCCUGUCCACCGUCGGCGCCACCUACUACCUUGGCCGCCUGAUGAACGGCCAGGAUGUCGCCAUCAACAUGAAGAAGCCCAUGCCCUUCCUCAACACCAACCCGGACUCUCUGCCCACCAAGUUCAUGAUGGUCAGCAACAAGGAGCGCUACGAGGCUGCCUUCGCCAGCCGCGCUGCCCAGCUUGCCACCCUCGAGGCUGAGUACGCCGCCAAGCAGGCCGAUGAGGCCUCCCUCUAA